AUGGAUUUGGUGUCCUCCAUCCUGUCCACCCUCUCUCUCCCCCGUAUCUCCAUCCUGGCUCCUGAUCCUCAUGACUCUCCAUCGUCCCCCUCUCCUCCUCCCUCUCAGCGUUCUGACGCUCUGUGUGGCAGCUACCCAUCAUCUGGUUGUGCCCCGCAGGCUAACAGCCUUUGGCCCAGCCAGCCGUCUGGAACUGGGUUCCCUGCAUGGCCAGGACAGCCCACCCAGCCUGCACCAUGCUGGUCCGGCCAGCCAAACACGCCCUGCUGGCCUGGGACACAACCAGCACCGGUGUCUGUCCCUGCCCCAGUUUCAGUUCCAGACCCGGCUCAAGUCAUACCAUCAUACCCUGCCCCAACCUCAACCAUAGUCCCAGCUCAAGCUCCAACUCCAGUCCCAGCUCUGGCUCCAGCUCCAGGGCAAAGCUGCCAGCCUUGCUGGCCAGGCCCCCAGUGCCAGCCUCCACCACCUGGUCCUGCUCACAGCAUGCAUCCAAAUGUACCAGGUUGGCCUGCCCACCCUGGUUGGCCUUACAACCCUGGACAGUCAGGAUGGCCUGGACAGCAUCCAUCCAUGAUGCCUCCACACUGGCUUCCACCCACAUCUGGACCACUAAGUGUGCCAUACAACUUGAACCUGGCCCGCGGAGCGUAUGACAAGAUGAUGAUGACCAUCUUGGGCCAUGUCAAACCAAAUGCUAAAAUGUUCACAGUGAACUUUCUGAGAGGCAACGACAUUGCCUUUCACAUCAACCCUCGCUUCAGUGAGGGCGGCAAGCAAGUGGUGGUCCGGAACCACAAACUGGGUGAGCGCUGGGGCACAGAAGAGAGGGAUAUAAAAGGACCCUUCCCCUUCGCUCUUGGAAGCCCUUUUGAGAUGAAGAUCCUGUGCACUCAAGAGACGUUCAGGGUGGCAGUGAACAACAUCCCACUAUUUGAGUUCCGGCACCGCAUCAGAGAGCUCAACCAGAUCGACCGAAUCAACAUCCUGCAUGAUGUCGUCCUCACCUACGUCAAUGUGGAGACACUUCCAUAG